AUGGCCAAACGCACCUUCUCUAACUUGGAGACAUUCCUGAUUUUCCUCCUUGUAAUGAUGACUGCCAUCACAGUGGCCCUUCUCAGCCUUUUGUUUACCACCAGUGGGACAAUUGAAAACCACAAAGGCAAGUGAGGCCAUUUUUUUUCAACCACCCCAAACCCUCCAGCCACCCAGGGCUCCACAGCCACCCAGAGCUCCACAGCCACCCAGCGCUCCACAGCCACCCAGAGUUCCACAGCCACUCAAACUUCUCUAGUGACUUCAACCCCAGAGCCACCUCUAUUUCAGAACUUCAGUGGCUAUCAUAUUGGUGUUGGACGAGCUGACUGCACAGGACAAGUAGCAGAUAUCAAUUUGAUGGGCUACAGCAAAUCUGGCCAGAAUGCACAGGGCAUCCUCACCAGGCUGUACAGUCGUGCUUUCAUCAUGGCAGAACCUGAUGGGUCCAAUCGAACAGUGUUUGUCAGCAUCGACAUAGGCAUGGUAUCCCAAAGGCUCAGGCUGGAGGUCCUGAACAGACUGCAGAGUAAAUAUGGCUCCCUGUACAGAAGAGACAAUGUCAUCCUGAGUGGCACUCACACUCAUUCAGGUCCUGCAGGAUAUUUCCAGUAUACUGUGUUUGUAGUUGCCAGUGAAGGAUUUAGCAAUCGAACUUUUCAGCACAUGGUCACAGGUAUCUUGAAGAGCAUUGACAUAGCACACACAAAUAUGAAACCAGGUAAAAUCUUCAUCAAUAAAGGAAAUGUGGAUGGUGUGCAGAUCAACAGAAGUCCCUAUUCUUACCUUCAAAAUCCGCAGUCAGAGAGAGCAAGGUAUUCUUCAAAUACAGACAAGGAAAUGGUAGUCUUGAAAAUGGUAGAUUUGAAUGGAGAUGACUUGGGCCUUAUCAGCUGGUUUGCCAUCCACCCGGUCAGCAUGAACAACAGUAACCAUCUUGUAAACAGUGACAAUGUGGGCUAUGCAUCUUACCUGCUUGAGCAAGAGAAGAACAAAGGGUAUCUACCUGGGCAGGGGCCAUUUGUAGCAGCCUUUGCUUCAUCAAACCUAGGAGAUGUGUCCCCCAACAUUCUCGGCCCACGUUGCAUCAACACGGGAGAGUCCUGUGAUAAUGCCGAUAGCACUUGUCCCAUUGGUGGGUCUAACAUGUGCAUUGCUAUGGGACCUGGACAGGAUAUGUUCGACAGCACACAAAUUAUAGGACGGGCCAUGUAUCAGAGAGCAAAGGAACUGUAUGCCUCUGCCUCCCAGGAGGUAACAGGACCGCUGGCUUCAGCACACCAGUGGGUGGAUAUGACAAAUGUGACGGUCUGGCUCAAUUCCACACAUACAGCAAAAACAUGUAAACCAGCACUGGGCUACAGUUUUGCGGCUGGCACUAUUGAUGGAGUUGGAGGCCUCAAUUUUACGCAGGGGUCUGCUGGUUUUCCAGGCUUACACAUGACCAUGACCAUGUCUGGACGAAGACUUCGAGAGGCAGUUCAAGCAGAAUUUGCAUCUCAUGGGAUGCAGAACAUGACUGUUGUUAUUUCAGGUCUAUGCAAUGUCUAUACACAUUACAUUACCACUUAUGAAGAAUACCAGGCUCAGCGAUAUGAGGCAGCAUCGACAAUUUAUGGACCUCACACGUUAUCUGCUUACAUUCAGCUUUUCAGAAACCUUGCUAAGGCUAUUGCUACGGACACAGUAGCCAACCUGAGCAGAGGCCCAGAACCUCCAUUUUUCCAACAAUUAAUAGUUCCAUUAAUUGCUAAUAUUGUGGAUAGAGCACCAACAGGCAGAACUUUUGGGGAUGUCCUGCAGCCAGCAAAACCUGAAUACAGAGUGGGAGAAGUUGUUGAAGUUAUAUUUGUAGGUGCUAACCCGAAGAAUUCAGCAGAAAACCAGACCCAUCAGACCUUCCUCACUGUGGAGAAAUAUGAGGCUACUUCAACAUCGUGGCAGACAGUGUGUAAUGAUGCCUCCUGGGAGACUCGUUUUUAUUGGCACAAGGGACUCCUGGGUCUGAGUAAUGCAACAGUGGAAUGGCAUAUUCCAGACACUGCCCAGCCUGGAAUCUACAGAAUAAGAUAUUUUGGACACAAUCGGGAGCAGGACAUUCUGAAGCCUGCUGUCAUACUUUCAUUUGAAGGCACUUCCCCUACGUUUGAAGUUGUAACUACUUAGUGAAAAGUUGGCAGAUCAUGUAAAGAACAGCGUUACUCUGUACACAUUAUAUAAGUGAUUUCAAAUGAAUGUGAACUAGUGAACUACUAUGUUGACUUCUAUAAUCGUCCUUAUUUGGGGACAGAUAGUUUACUGCUAAUGGGGCAGAGGUGUGUGUGUGUGUGUGUGUGUGUGUGUGUGUGUGUGUGUAAGAGAGAGAGAGAGGUUUGUCCCAUAUAUCUUGUUCCAGCAGCCAUACACCUUGUGGUCUACAGCCUAAAGCAUGAUUUCCCUUGAAGCCUUGCGGUUGUUUAAAGGAGAGUCCCUUCAAUAUAAAACCUCUGAAAUAUUAGUGAGAAUGGCUGAAUACCUGUGAACAAUGUUUAACCUAUUUAUUUAUAUAUGUAAUUAUUGAAUGUUAGUACUGGGAGAGUUUAUAGAAAUCAUCUAGUCUUAUUCUUCAUCUUACAGAUAAGAAAAAUGGUCUUUUCUUAUAAUCACAUUUACAAAAUAUGAUAUAAACCUUGACCACAAAUGUAUGAGCCUAAUUAGAGAAACAGAAAAUCAGCAUGUCAGUUUUUCUUCAUUCAAAAUAACAUAGCCUUUCUAAGCAGUCAUUCUGGAGUUAACAUGCCUAGUUCAGAGUUGUUGUGGAUGCUCAAAUCAUUUCUGGAAUUGCCUUCAGAACCCAAUUAUGAGAAAGUCAGACUUGCAAUAUUUUGAUCAUGCUUUGUGUUUUCCUAAGUGUCCUUAUCCCACUGGAUUGUGUCUCUUACUCCCAAGACUUAUUCCAAAUGUUUUUUUUGACUCUUUUCAUUAAUCAAAUUCACCCCAAACCAGAAAGCUUUGCCAUUAGUGUAGAUAUUAAAAGUAUUACUGGCUGAGAAAGCACUCCUCAGAGCAAAGGUUCUAAAUUAAUUUAUCUGUUCUUUUUAUCAUUUGCUCACUCACUCACGGACCCAUUCAAUCAUAGAAUAUUUACGAUUUAUAUGCCCAGAAUUACAAUGAUACCUGGGCCUUGAUAAUUAGUGACAUUGUACUUGGGAUGAAUGUAUAAGUGUCAAAAGGUAACUAUUAUGAAGGAGAAAAUAAUCAAUUUAAUAUGUAAAUUCCGGGGAGGCAUUUAAAAAAUCAGUAAUCUUCAAGUUACAUCUUGUGUAUCAUCUGUGUUGGAUACUCUAAUUUUAGGGCAAAGAGGCUCCAGACAGUUUGCUAAAUACUAUUUUGAAAGUUAUUUUUGGGCCUUGUAAAAUACCUAGCCUCAUGCCCCAAAGAGUAAGAUAUGACAAUCUGACAUCGAUUGCCUGAAAGUACUAAUUACAUUUAAAAUUCUUUAAAUUAACUAGGAGUUCCCAGACUGCAAAGCAAAUUUCCAAACCCAGGCCAUACUUUUGUAUGUAUGUAAAAGCUUUAACAUUUUAGGGAAAAAAAUCAAUCUGUAUUUCAAAAAUAAACUUUGAGGUCUGAAAAUAAUAACAAUAUUAAUGAUGGUAAUAUUAACAUCCAUUAUGUAUAACUUAAUCUCAACAUAAUUUAUUGAAUUAGAAUGAACCUGGAACACUUUUUGAUGAAUCAGUAUCCUAGAGGCUGUUUCCAUGGACAUUAACUGCUGGAGGAAUAGGUAAUCAGGGAUUCCAAGUCUUCCAAGUCUUGUGAUCAUUUUUCUAAUGACACCACAGUCUUUAGUGUAAAAGUUCAGAAGCCUAAAAGAACAAGUGAUCCUGAAAGUAGCUGAUCCCAGACAAGAAAAUUAUAUUAGAACUGACGAUAUGGUUUUUUAAAGUAUUUGUUAUUACUCAGAAGGGUUCAUGAAUCAUUUUCCACUACCUCUAUACCUUCUAUUGAAGCUUUCCUCAAUCUACUUGUGAUUCCUGAUAGCUCACUGGCAACUGUACCAAGGUGGUCACUGUAUCAUCUACUGACCCUUCUGCACCCAGCACUCUUGGUCCCAGAUAACCCACAGAAACCUAUUUUCUUACCAGCUCUCAUUUCUUCUAGGCCAUGCAGUUCUAUGUUUGCAGUUCAUGUGUAAAAAUAAAACCAAAUUCCUGGAUUAUCAAUAUCAGUUCUGUAUCUAUGCAUAAAAGAAUAUCAUAAAGUAACUGAACUUAUCUGUUGAUAUAAAAACAUAGAUCCAAUUCGUGUCUGUGGGUGCUGCAGGGACUGAAUCAUUGGAGCCAAACCAUGUGGCGUAAACUCCUGAAAUUGGUGGAAAAAGUGGAAUAUGGCAGAUUGGGUAGGUAAGAGAACAAUUGUGGAGAUUUUGUUUCUCAUGUUAAAGUGUCUGCAUUUUAUUUGCUGUACCCUGCCUACUCUGGUUUUAAGGAUUCUGUGACUUCUUCGAAAAGCACUGAAUAAUCUCUUUUCCAGGUCUAGAUUUUUUUGGUGAGUACUGAGUAAAAUUGUCAACAUUCAAUGGAUUAUUUAAUAAUAAAUUAAGAAUUACACUCAUAAAAGUAUUGUCUAAUGAAAGGUAAUGUAGAUGAACACUUUUUUAAAAAAAGAGGUGGAAAAAAAGGUGUUAGAUUACACGUAAAUUAGGUUGGAAAGUGAUACAAAUGACUAAUAAAUAACCACUGAAGCACAAGGGAACCACUUCUUUAUCAGUUCCUUUCCAAUUUCUGAAGAUGUACUGCUGGAAAAACACAUGUAUGGUUGGCAUUUCUUUUAUUUUCUUUCUCUUUUUUACUAGUUGGGCAAAAAAAUUUCCUAGGCAGGUGGCUAACUAUGAAAUGGUUUCAUGAGCUAAUUCUGAACAAAAAGACCAAGAAUGAAUUCACUUAUGAAUGUCCUUUUCUAAUGUGCCCUCUUAUGCUUCUUCUCCAACAUAAGCAAGCUUACUGUCUUUUUCUACUAAUUAGCACAUGGAUUCUAUCUUUAGCCAAAAGGUUUCAUCACUAGAUAAACUUCUCAUGUGUGUUUAGUUCUUCCAAAUGAUGCUCUUGCUUCCUGGGUAUCCAACCUGACUUGCUGGUUUAUAUUGGCUUCCAAAAUUUUAGAGUGAUAGGGUAUCAGAGAGGGAAAUUUGCACAUUCCUUACACAAUUAGUUAGAAUGCAUUCAGUUGUAACUCAGAAAAUAUUCCUGAUCAACAUCCAUCCAAAUACUGAAGACAUUUAUAACCUCACAUAGCAGUAAGUCUUGAAAUGAUAAAUUCAGGUUUCGUGCAGCUUCUUAAUCUUAACAUACUGACUUAAUUCUUAGGCUUAUCUUCUUGGCUAAAAGAUCGCUACCUCGUGUCUACAUACAAUUGAAUGAAGCAGCAAAAUGGGAAAAGAGUUCUCUUUAUAAUACCCUUUUGGAAGGUGGAAAGUAGUAGGAACACAAGUUGAAUUUUCCUUCUAUUUCCUUGUUCAGAACGGUGCCACACAGUUACUCUUACCUGCAAGGGAGGCUGGAAAAAAGAACAUUUAGUAUUUUGUGCUUCUAGAGAGUGAGGCAAGUUCUGAUAGUAAGAAAAAAGAGACAGUUGAAGUAGCUGUCAUAAAAGUACGUCAGUAAAGACAGAUUAGUUAUGCUACAACAUUAGAGAUUUAUUUCUUGAUUUCAUGACCUGUCCAUUGAGGUUAGCUGGAGGAUCUGUUCCAUACCCUUCUCAUUUGGGUUCACAGCCUGACAGAGAUUUCCAUUCUAAACAUUCUUCCAUUGUGAGGGAACAGGAACAGGUGCUUCCAUGACUGGGGGAAGGGACAGGGAGAAUCAUGCAAUAGUUUGUGAAGCUCCCACAUUACUGUGCAUUUUUCACUGAGCAGGUGACGGAACCAGGAUGUUUGCAAGCAGCCCUAAAGUUUACCACAAUGGGCAAGGAAUAAUAUCUGUAUAUCCAACUUAACUGCUCUUUGAAAUAAUUAUAACUAGUUUUACUCUAGAAAACAUAUUUUGGGAAAGGACACACAUUGGAAUCAUGAUGAAAAAAUUGCUUUCUGUAUUGCAAAAUGUUUACAUUCCUUUAACAGCUUUAUAUCAAGCACCUAUAUACUUUGUGGCAGAAAUUAUACUAAAUCCUAAGAAUGAAACAAUAAUGAAGGCAAAGCUAUUCCCUGCCAAAAGAAACUUACAGUUUAAUGAACAAAGCAAACAGAUAAACAAGUAAUUACUGUACAGGGUGACCCAUAUUGUUAUUGUUCAGGGAAUUAGAGAGAGCACCUAAUAUGGUCUUGGGGAUGUUUCAGUAAGUUUCCUGGAAGAAAUGACAUAUAAACUAAGACUUCAAAGAUAUGUAGAAAUUAGCUAGAAGAAAGGCAAUGGUGUGUGCGUGUAUGUGUGUAUUUGUGUGUGUUUGUGUUUGUGUACUGGGCAAAUAGACUAUUCCAUGUAGAGGGAAUAUUGAGUACUUUAUCAAGGUUGUAGUUAGAGUAUAAGGGAAGAGUUGACAGUGAGGCAGCACUAAACUUUACUUUCAUAAAUAGCAAUUUGGUUUUAUACUUGUAUUAGCAUUUUUCCCCCUUGAGACUGUUCCCGUAUAACAUCAAAGUCCUUGAAUGUAUUUGCCAUUUGCUCUAAUAAUAAAAUACACUUUCUAUAACCAAAAA